AUGCAUGUUUGCACAACAGGGCCACAUGUUGAGUUGAUAAAGGAUCCCGAUGGAGCCUACUCCCAACUUUUACGGCUGCAAGAGGUUAAUACGAAAAGGGAGGGAUCUCAUGGAGAUGACUCCAGCAGGUUACAAUCAGCAUCUGAUGCUGCAAAUUCUGCAAGUCAACAUAGCAGUAUAAAGCCAUCCUUUGGGAGAUCUAUGAGUAGAUAUUCACCACAGGGUGGAAGCAGAAUAAACUCGCAAACAUUCUCAUUGCAUGAACAUGAAACCGAAGGGGUUGAUGAUGCCAAGUCAGGGAAGAAAGUGAUCAGACGCCUGCUCUACCUCCAUAAGCCUGAGGUUCCAAUCCUUCUGUUAGGAUGCACUGCUGCUGCAGCCAAUGGUGCUAUACUUCCGGUGUUUGGCAUGCUGCUUUCAAGUGCCAUUAACACAUUCUAUGAACCGCCACAACAAUUGCGAAAAGACUCUGUAUUCUGGGCAGAGAUGUAUGUGAUGUUGGGUGUCAUCUCCAUCUUUGUCAUCCCAUUGCAAUACGCUUUGUUCAACAUGGCAGGUGGUAAACUUAUCGAGCGCAUACGUGCGGUUUCAUUUAGUCGGGUUGUUUACCAGGAAAUAGGAUGGUUCGAUGACCCUCUGAACAGCAGCGGCGCAAUAGGCUCCAGACUAUCAGGGGAUGCGGCGUCUGUUAAAAGCAUUGCUGGGGAUGUCUUGUCAUUGAUAGUGCAAAGCAUAAGCACUGCUGUUGUCGGUAUCGUAAUAGCCAUGAUUGCAAACUGGAAACUAGCAUGCAUUGUAUUGUGCUUCCUUCCUUGCGUGAUUGCACAGAGCUAUGCUCAAACGAGGUUAAUGAGGGGUUUUGGUGCUGAUGCCAAGGAAAUGUAUGAACAAGCGAGCACAAUUGCUACUGAUGCCAUCGGUAACAUCAGAACUGUUGCUUCAUUUUGUGCAGAAGAGAAGAUAAUUGAAAGCUACCGAAAGAAAUGUGAAGGUCCUGUGAAACAAGGAGUUCGUCAGGGGGCUAUAAGUGGCGUGGGUUAUGGAUUGUCAUUCGCGUUGCUCUUCUGUUUUUAUGCCAUAUCCUUUUACGUUGGAGCUCGCUUUGUACACAAUGGGACUGCAGAAGUUGGGCAAGUCUUCAGGGUCUUCUUCGCUUUAACCAUGAUGGCUGUUGGAGUUUCUCAGUCGAGUUCCCUUGCUCGGGAUUUUGCCAAAGUGCAAAAUGCAGCUGCCUCCAUUCUCAAGAUUAUUGAUAGGAAAUCCAAGAUUGAUGCAAGCCAUGAGGUAGGAACGACACUAGAGGCAGUGGAAGGCAAUAUAGAGUUGCAGCACGUGAGCUUCAAGUACCCUGCUCGGACAGACGUGCAAAUCUUCAGAGAUUUGUGCUUGAGGAUACCAUCUGGCAAGGAUGAAAAUAACUUGACUGGGACUAUUGCACUUGUCGGGGAAAGCGGAAGUGGGAAAUCUACGGUGAUAGCCUUGAUCGAGAGGUUCUACGAUCCUGACUCUGGCUGCAUCUUUCUAGAUGGGGUGGAUCUGAAGAGCCUCAAGCUCACCUGGCUCAGGCAGCAGAUUGGUCUGGUAGGCCAAGAGCCGGUCCUCUUCAAUGACACCAUCAGAGCAAACAUCGCCUACGGCAAGAUGGAGCAGGUAUCCGAGGAUGAGAUCAUUGCCGUUGCCAAGGCCGCCAACGCCGACAGGUUCAUCUCCACCCUCCCAAACGGGUACGACACGAGCGUCGGCGAGCGCGGGGUGCAGAUGUCGGGUGGUCAGAAGCAGCGGAUAGCCAUCGCCAGGGCGAUCCUCAAGAACCCCAAGCUGCUGCUCCUGGACGAGGCGACCAGCGCGCUGGACGCGGAGUCGGAGCGCAUCGUGCAGGAGGCCCUGGACAGGGUGACGGUCGGGAGAACAACCGUGGUCGUGGCUCACCGGCUGUCGACUAUCACCGCCGCCGACAAGAUUGCAGUGGUCAAGAACGGGGUGGUCGCCGAGGAAGGGCGGCAUGAGCAGCUCCUUCGCCUGCCCGGUGGUGCCUACGCGUCCCUAGUUGCCUUGCAGUCUAGCAGUUCCUGA